GCUUUACGUUCUCCCUCGCUGCAACUUACUCCAUCAACUCAGCAAAGAUGUCAGACUUGAAAAUUGCGCGGAUCGAUGUUUUUCAAGUCGAUCUGCCCUACUCAGGCGGUGUCUACUACCUCUCUGCCGGGCGAGAGUACCGGAGCUUUGACGCUACCAUUGUACGGAUAACCACUGAUACUGGUAUUGAGGGCUGGGGAGAAAGCACCCCCUUUGGCUCCAACUACAUUGCUUCCCAUGCCCGCGGCGUCAGGGCUGGUAUCGCUACAAUGGCACCAAGCCUGAUCGGUCUGGACCCACGAAGAGUCGACCGCAUCAAUGAUGCGAUGGACGAUGCAUUGCUCGGGCAUGAAGAUGCCAAGACAGCCAUCGACGUGGCUUGCUGGGAUAUCUUUGGCAAGUCGGUCGGACUGCCUGUGUGCGAGCUUCUGGGUGGUCGCACCGACAAUCAAUUGUCAUUGAUCUCCUCUAUUUAUGUCGGAGAGCCGGAAGACAUGCGCGCACGAGUUGCCAAAUAUCGCGCAAGGGGAUACAAAGGACACUCGGUUAAAAUCGCGGGAGAACCUGUCCUUGACGCCGCGCGGGUCGCAGCGGCUCUUGCUGACCAGCAACCCGAUGAGUUCUUCAUUGUGGAUGCCAACGGUGGAUUGUCGGUGGAAACCGCUCUACGGUUCUUGAGGCUGUUGCCUCACGGUCUGGAUUUUGUGUUGGAGGCCCCUUGCGCCACCUGGCGUGAGUGUGUGUCUCUCCGACGGAGGACCGAUAUUCCGAUCAUCUACGACGAACUCGCCACGAAUGAGAUGUCCGUCAUCCAGAUUCUCGCGGACGAUGCGGCGGAAGGUGUUGAUCUGAAGAUUUCCAAAUCUGGUGGUCUGACCAGGGGCCGCCGUCAGCGGGACAUCUGCCUGGCAGCGGGCUAUAGUAUAAGUGUUCAGGAGACGACGGGUUCGGACAUCGCAUUUGCCGCGAUUGUGCAUCUGGCCCAAACUAUCCCGGAGCGAUCUUUACGUUGCAUCCUGGAAAGUCGGGAUAUGGUCACCAUCAAGACCGCGGAUGGAGCGUUUGACGUCCAAGAUGGCUUCGUCACCGCGCCGACCACACCAGGCUUAGGAAUCACGCCGCGCUUAGACGUGCUGGGAGAGGCUGUUGCUAGCUACUUUUAA